AGGAAGAGUGGAAGUGGUUAGUAUCAAACGGUGUUCCAGGCUAUCUGUGGAUACUUCAUCUUCAUUCGAAGGGCUCCAGUCUCAUUCUCUGAACAUGCGCUCUUCUUCUGCAAGCACUGCAGUAACUGAAUCGAGGGCAGAAUCUCGAGCCAUUGGCCCUUUUUCCGGGCUUAUCAUCUGUGUAACUGGUUUGUCAAAAGAAGCCAGGAUGCAAGUGAUGAAAGCAACGGAGAAGUUGGGUGGGACAUAUAGCCCACAAUUGCAUCCCCAUUGCACCCAUUUGGUGGUUCAAAUAUCCUUUUCUUCCCCUAUUGUGUACUUCCCUUUUUCUGGGCUUGAAAUUGAAGGCAUUUUGAUUUCUAUAUUUCAUGGCCCCAAAUUGGAGCAUGCCCUGAAACAUGGAUCCAAAAAUGGUCUUUCGAUUGUUACCUUGGGUUGGAUUGUGGAUAGUGUGAAAAAUAAAGCAAGGUUGAGUGAAUCACUUUAUGGUGUCAAAGUUGCUGAAGAAGGUGUUUCUUUUGAUGUUUUCAACCGACUUGGCCACAAUGGUGACUCUCAAACUUCUUGUAUUCCUAUGGGAACAAUUGAGCAUCUAAAAAAAUUGAACUUGAUUGAAGAGCCACAACCAAAUGCUUUGGAUAGAGAAAGUGUGAAAAGAACAAUAAUAUCUCCUUUGUCUGGUUAUUCAUUGUAUGUAGAUGUUGAUGUGUCUGAUGAACUGCGUUGUAAGGUUGUUGAGGCUGCUUCUGCACAAGGUGCGGCUUUGGUUGAUCAAUGGUUUGUUGGUUGUGGGGCAAGUCACAUAGUGUGUGAGGGAAGUUCUGUUCAGAAAUAUCUUGGUCAUUCUGCAAAUAUUGUUACUCCAUUAUGGGUUUUAAAGACUGUAAAGGAAAAGCAACUGCAAAAGCUUGUCCACAUAUCUGCUGAUCUAGCUAAGCAAACUGGAAUAUUGAUGGAGAGUAUUCAAUCUCACAUUCAUAAAGACGAAAUCAAUGAGGAUGUGGAUCUGCAAUAUGAUGUACCAAAUUCUAUAUCCGCUAUAAGUCAUGAUUUGAGACAAAAGGUUGUGAGCCUGGCUAAAGAUGGAGUAAGGAAGAGGAGGGGUAAACGUAUGCAGACAUGUCAAACCCCUAUGCGUCCAAUAACACCAAACAGUCUUCUGGAUUCAAUCUGCUGGUCAAUAUGUGAGCCAACAUCAACUGCCUCAAUUUAUAUAGAUUCUUCUAGUGUUGAAGACACUACACUGCAUAACACAUGUGUCUUCAACGACCGUAAUGAGGUUGCAAAGGAAUCUGAAUUUUCUUUUGUGAACUUAUCCCGACCACUUAAGGAAAGUGAGAAAUCAGAGACGGUGCUAAAGAGCCACUUCCUUACAAUAUUGUAUCCAGUUGAUCGAUUUUCAGAAAUAGGUCCUUGUUCAAGAACAUAUUUCAGCGAUAAUGGCUUCAAGUGUCUGCAGCUCUUGAAUUAUAUAUAUGCCUUUUACCAGGAAGAGAUGUCUACUCAAGAAAUAGAGGUGGCCAUCCACACAGACUCCAGACAUGCUGAUCGGUUGCGGUCUGUGUAUUGCAGCGAUGAAACGACAAAACGUGGGUAUGUUGCGUUUAAACGGAUUGAGUUUAUGGGUAGCCGUAAAAGCUUUGAAAUGCUUAAGCGCGUUUCUGGCGACAACAGUAGCAAUGUGUAUGAGUUGCUGAUCAGAUCUUAAAAGGCAAUGGGUCAUACAGAAGUUCACCAAAUCACUCAUCUUUGGUUUUGGUAUUGUUGAGGGAGAUCUUAAAAGGCAGUGUAAAUAUUUUUUGAUAAUUCAACAUUUUAAUUUCUCAACCAUUGUGCCAUUGCAUGCAAUGUGUAAAGCAAUGUUGUUUCCUUGAUGUGCUCUAACCUAGUUGUUCUAAACAAACAUAUUGUAUUGGU